AUGGAUGGAAACACUACCCAGUCUAACAAGGGACCGCCGGGCACCGUGUCGCAGCCAGGCCCUUCCAGAUCCAGUCCCGGCUUACCGCAUCCGCGUCGAUUUGAAGGUAUAGUCUCACCAUCAACCUGCCCGUCGUCGUUUCAUCUAACAGCCGCAGAAUCUUGGGUUGAAGUUGCCUCCCAGCCGUCAUCUUCGUCCUUGUCUAGCAUCGGAGAUGAAAUCGUCACCACCGGCCUGCGGGUCCGAGGUCCGUACAACCGCCGCCGUCGCUUACAGACCUCCGCUCGAUCGGUGCCUCACCAGCAAACGGCCAUACACGCUGCAGGCGCGAGCAGCCAAGAGGAAUAUGACGAGAGCGAAAGCGAAGAUGAUCGCCUGUUGACGAGUUCAACUGAAAAUGUCCACCCUGCAGCGUCUGGGAAUGCGGGUGAGGCCUCGGAUGCCGACUCGGAUUCGGACGGCGAUGAUGCGACUGCCCUUGGCCGUGUUUCUGAUAGACCCGUGUUUCGCCCACAGCCAAAUGCAUUCUCGCACCCUCCCGCCGGUGCUCCUCAAAGAAGUCAAUCUGCUGCGUCGAGCAUGCCGCCUCAUCCGCAUAGCGGAUUUACUCGGCCGUCCUUCUCCCAUCGGUCGCAGACCCGCGUCCACCGCGACGGGCCAUCAUUCAUGUCGCCCUCGGUUCGCGAAGACAACGACGAAGAUUUACGGGCAUCCCUUACAACGUUGUUGUCUUGCGCGAAUGCCGCGCGCGGUCUACCAAAGUCAAAGGAAGAGGCCGAAACUUGGCGGGCCUCACGUAAUGGCGUGCGCGUCGGCCCGAGCGACCAACCCAUGGAACUUCGACUUGUGCCUGAAUCUGAAUUGGCGCAAGAACCUUCCCAGCCACGACCAGUCACUGCAGUGUCUCCGCGAACGCGAAGGUCGCCUGCAAGAUCACCGACAGGGACAACCGGACAAGCCGACAAAUCAAAGAGAUCUGGCUCUGCGGGGCGGAGCCCCAGGGCAAGUAAGAAGAAGAAAGUUGUAGUUGGCUCCGACGAGGCGACCCUUAUCUCGCCCACCCUUUUGACAUGGGUGGUCAGCGCUGGUGUCGUUGUUCUCGUCUCCGUGGUUGGGUUCGGAGCUGGCUAUGUUAUUGGACGUGAGGUUGGCCGUCAAGAAGCACAGGACGCCUUAUCUGCCAGUAUGAGUGUUGCCAACGAAACGUCUCAUACUGGACGCGAAGUGAUGCGAAGCUCUGGUGGUCUCAGACGACUGAGAUGGGGAGCUGGAGCCGUUAGCAAGAGCAUCGUGGCCCAGGCCUAA